AUGGCAGGCGUUGUCCCUCGACCUGAUGCGAAGGUGUCUAAGCAAGAGCAGGUACAUUGCGAACAAUUCUCCAGAUCGACCAUCUACACCAUGAUUCCCUCCAUGGUCCGUUCGAAGAUACCUGUUUUGACCUCCCUUCGGCAUACCGCAAGGACGGUUGUCCUUCAUGGCGCAAGUGUCCGUAGGAGAGCAUACAACUUUUCCUGUGUCGAGUCCACCAAAGAGAAGGACUAUGAGGUCGCAUCGACCAGCAACUCCAGUGGAGCUCCGACACCCAUGAUCAGAGCAGACAGCCCGGAAGGAGGCGUACCUCCACAAGAUCUGGCUUUGAGAAUGCUCCCACCCUUGGAGGCAAGAUCGGGUGUAGACUGGGAUGUUGCACUCACUGGGGUCAGGCUAUGGGUCAACGCCAAAACCCAAGCAGAACAAGGAGGAGACCCGGUUGCGCUGCGGAGCAUGCACAUAGAUGCGUUGCGGUAUAUGCACAUGGCCCUUCCCUCAGAUCUGACAUUGCUCGAAAUUCAGACUCUGCGGGCUAGCAUGGCACCUCAACUCUUCACCCAAGAAGAAAAUAUCACAGACUACCGUUCCCAACGACAGCCCAACAUCCUGCGUCAAGGUGUUGCACAUGCUGUAUGCUGGUUUGUCGCUGGAUUGCUGCUGGUUCUGCCGAUUAUCAUGACCCUUCUCAAUCGACUUCUCCAGUUUGAGCGCGAACAUCAGGUCACCGAGCGAGUACUCGCCAAUGGUCUUGACCUGACUUCGGCUCUUGGUGAGCGUGGUGUAGAGUUGCACCAGGCGAUUGCUCGUUUCAAGGAGGGACGGGUAGGAGGGGCUUGUGUGGAUUUUGGAACGUGGUUCCUGGAAGGGAUUGUUGGUGGCGUGAAUGAUGGCAUCGAUGCUGUGGCUCGAAAUCGAAGAAAAGCGCCCGUUACCAAUUAUCCCAGCUGA